GAAGAAUUUCCGUUAUUUUAUUUUUUGCCCACGUGACUUUACCAAAAAAACCAAAGAGUAUGAAUCCUUGCAGCCACGGAAGCUUCACAUCUCCACUUUGCGUGUCUAUCUUCACCUGGUUGCGUGGAUUUUCUCCCUCCGGGUCCUCCUGUUCCUCCCCCAACUUUUUGUAAUCGACGUUCGUAGCCGGUAUUUGCCUGCUGGACAUUUACAAGUGAGAAGCCGCUUCCUUGAGCCAGCUCAAUGGGCCUUACCUGCUGAAAUAAAACAUCGCCUUCAGUUGCGGUAGUUUGACUCUUGCGAAUGAAGUCACUGGACUCCUAACGUCCGCUGUGAAGCAGACGGCAAAUAGUGACAGUCUUGUAUGGACGUGUGUUGAACGUUGUCACCGUACGUAGCCAACCGUGCGAAUCGGAGUAUCGGUACGGUUAGUAGGCACCGCAGUAUUAACCAGGGCGGUUGCUGCCUUCGAACUGUGAUCCUCUGCGACAAUUGGUGAACGCGCUACCGCCAGGCCGUGUGUUUUCCUUCGCGAGCCCGAUGCGUGCUUGAGCGUGAUACUCAAAGCUCUGCACAGAUAGAAUCAAGAAUCCAUUGCUGUACCACCAACAUACAAUUUCAUUUCUGCGCUCCCACUGAUUUUCUGCGUAUUUUUUUUUAUUCCACGCGGCUUUGUUUCUGUUGACAUUUUUGUUGUCGAAAUCCGCCGCCUGCCAUCCUGACCCCCGCCAGAGGUCGCAACCGGGUACCCGAUACCCGUACCCUACCCGAUACCCGACUACCCAUACCCGGCUGGGUACGGGUAGCCGGGUAUCCGUUUGCGACUCUGGUGCGGCCGGGUACGGGUUAGGCCAUGAGUCACUGGUGAGUCACCGUUUGUCACUCAUUUCCCAACGUCUUGUCUCUUCUCACAAUUCAAGUUCCUAGAAUCAACCCACCCGCGCCUGCAACAUGGCUUCAUCCCAGAGGUCGCAAUCGGGUACCAGAUACCCGUACCCUACCCGUACCAGGGUGGGUACGGGUAGGGUACGGGUGCGGCCGGGUACGGGUACGGGUAAGGAAUCAAAACCCGUUUGUGACCUCUGACCCCGGCGCAGUUCUCCAACCGCCAUGUACGAGGCGGCGCUGCUUGACGGCGGCACAGAGCCGCUGACGCACGAGUCCUGCGAGAGGGUCGUCGUCAACGUGUCGGGGCUGCGAUUCGAGACGCGGCUCAAGACACUCGGCCAGUUCCCGGACACCCUUCUAGGCGACCCCGGCAAGAGGUCGCGCUACCACGACCCCCUGCGCAACGAGUACUUCUUCGACAGGAACCGGUCGAGUUUCGACGCCAUCCUCCACUACUACCAGUCCGGCGGGCGGCUGAGACGCCCACUCAACGUCUCCCUCGAAGUGUUCGGCGAGGAGAUCGAGUUCUACGAGCUCGGCAACGAGGCCGUGGUCAAGUUCUGGGAAGACGAGGGCUUCAUCGGAGAGGAGGAGGUGGAGGAGGAGGAGCCGCUGCCAUCGGACGAGUUCCAGCGGCGGGUGUGGCUGCUGUUCGAAUACCCCGAGAGCUCCAUCGCGGCCAGGGGAAUUGCCACCGUGUCCGUGCUGGUCAUCCUCAUCUCCAUCAUCAUAUUCUGCCUCGAGACUCUGCCUGAACUCAGGGACGAGAAUAAGCAGAAGUUUCUCCCGGCAAAGGACAUGAACGGGACGCGGGUCGACGGCACGCAUCGCGGCUCUGUCCCCGAUCCAUUUUUUAUCGUGGAAACUAUUUGCAUCGUUUGGUUUUCCUUUGAACUGCUGGUGAGGUUUUUUGCGUGCCCCAACAAACUGGGAUUUUUCAAAAGCAUCAUGAACAUCAUUGACAUCGUGGCCAUCCUGCCCUACUUCAUCACCCUUGGCAUCGAGAUGGCCAAGCCCCAAGGGCAUGACCAGCAGGCCACGUCACUGGCGAUUUUGCGGAUGACCCGGCUGGUGCGAGUGUUCCGGAUACUCAAGCUGUCCAGGCACUCCAGGGGCUUGAAGAUCCUGGGCCAGACUUUGCAGGCGAGCGCGAGCGAGCUGGGCCUGCUCGUAUUUUUCCUCGUCAUCGGCGUCAUCCUCUUCUCCAGCGCCGUCUACUUUGCCGAGGCCGACCAACUAAACUCGGAGUUCCGAAGCAUCCCCGACACCUUCUGGUGGGCCAUCGUAACCAUGACGACGGUGGGUUACGGCGACAUGUGUCCCGUGACGGCGUGGGGCAAGGCGGUGGGCUCGCUGUGCGCCAUCGCCGGCAUGCUCACCAUCGCCCUCCCCGUGCCCGUCAUCGUCUCCAACUUCAACUACUUUUACCGCCGCGAGACGGGCGGUGAGGAGCGCGCCAGCCGCCUGCGUCUCUCAAGCCGCUUGCAGCAGCAGCAGCAGGUGGAGGAGAGAAGAAAUAGCGGACCGUCCACGAGCAUCUCCACAUACGUGGAGAUGCGCGACGAUCUGAGCAGCGACGUUGACUUCGAGGUGAAGAUGCACCUCAAGCGCGACAAACACAACGGCAUCGACAGAGACGUCCGAUGCUCCGCCUUGCAAGUCGUCACGAAAUGCCUCGAGGUGGGUGUCAUGGCGGUGCGAGAACUCUUCUCGAGACUUGGCCUACUCUUCCUCUCCGUCCUCCACCUCGUCACGUGCACACACGCUGCGACUCCCCCUCUGAAUGUCCGCGUGGAGUCUCGCGACCUGCUGACGCAACUCCGCUGGGACCACGACGCUCAAGUGGACGUCGCCACCAGCAGCAGCUCACAGCUCCUGGACGUUGCCUACAGGGUGGACAGCAAACUCUAUGGACGAGCCCGCUGGCGGACCGUCUGCGCUGCCACCGCAGAGACACGGUGCGAUGUCUCCUCAGCUCUGCGACAUCCCGGCGACCGCUAUCAACUUCGCGUCAGAUCCACCGUCUCAUCACCACCACCAACACCACCAUCACCACCAUCACCACCAUCAUCACCACCACCAUCACCACCAUCAUCGUCACCCUGGGUCGUGGUUGAUGUGUUACCCUUGAAGACAACCGUGCUGAGUGCUCCGACUGUCACCUUGAUGCUCCACAAGGACGCGAUGCUGGAGGAGGGUGGUGAGGAGGGUGGUGAGGAGGAGGAGUGUGGUAGUGAGCGUGAGGACUACGAACAUGACGACAAAGAUGGCUACGAGAAUGACUACGACGACGAUGAUGACGACGAUGAGGGUGAUGGCGGCGAUGGCGGUGGCGACGAGGGAGAGCGGUGGGAGCUGUCCGUGCGGGUCUCCAUGAGGAGCGAGUGGAGGAGGAGGAUGGCGCAGAGUGGCGUGCACUACCAUCUACAAGCCGAGGUCUCCACAAGGAGGGGUGUGACUAGCACGGAGCGCUUUGUGGGAUGUCGCUACCGCCACGCGCUGCCUCAGCCUGCAGGCGCUGCUGAGUACUGCGUCCGCGUGAGAGUCGCGGCUCGCUACCCGCGGUGGAAGACAGGGGAGUGGUCUCCACUGUCGUGUGUCUCCGUCCCUCCACCACACAGCGCCGUGGCUCGCUGGUGGCCAUGGCGACGCUGCUGGUGACGCUGCUGGUGCUGGUGCUGGCGCUGGUGUGCACCGUGCGGGACAGACGGAGCCCCGGCAAUCGUCCCGCUCGAGCCGUGACGACGACGCCCGCCGCUGUUGGCUCGGAGUUGGCGGCGUCCGUCUCUCCGCGUGGCGACGUCCGUUCCAGAGGAGAAUGAAUGAUGUUUUACACGGCAAGUUAUACAUGUGUAGUGUUGUAAAGGACGGACUAAUAAACC